AUGAAGAAUUCUUUAGGCACGGGUUUUAUGGCAGUUUUUGCAGUUUCAGGGAGCGUUGUUUUUCUUGCCAUGCAAAUUCAUAAGCGUAUUCUUUCUGAUUUCAUGAAGAAGAUAGAAUUCGAAAUCGGCACUGCAACAGGAGGAUGUGGAAAAGAUCGAGUGCGAAAGAAGAAGGUGAGAUUUUCCGACCAAGUGGUGGAGCUAUCACGGGAUGACAAAGAACGUUGCAAGAAGCAUUUGCCGAAGCCGGCCAUCCACAACCGGAAUGAGGAUCGAAAUCUGGAGGCGAUGCCUCAGAAUUGGCAAGUUUUGUACAAAGGGAUUUUGAAAAACAGGAACCUGAAGGCGUGUAACUAA